AUGUCAUGGCUUGGGUUUAAAAAAGCUGUCAAUCGUGCCGGAGCACAUGUGAUAUUGCGCACAAACAAGGGUGAGCCCUCUGUUGACCCUGAGUUCGACGCCCAGGAGGCCAAUUUCCGCAAACUCGAGACCUACACCAACGAGCUGGACCAGGAACUGGGCCGUUUUGUAAGCAACUUCGAAAAUCUGCUUGAGACUCAGAUAAAUAUGGCUAGAACACUGGACUCGUUUUAUGGAGACUAUAGCUUUGAGCUCAAGGCCGAUAAGCGGCCGGAAGCUGCGGAGACGGAGCACAAGGUGAACCCCAGAGACGGUAUUUCGCUGGACUAUCUGCAGAUGGUGGAAGACAUCAAAGACAAUAUUCUGCCAGAAAUUCUGGAACCAAUGAACAUCACGGUCGUGGAGCCGAUUAACGAGCUGAAGAAGUACAACGACGAGAUCAACAAGCUGAUCAAGAAGCGCGCACGCAAAAAGGUGGAUUACGACGUUUCACGAUUCAAGCUUUCGAAAUUGCAGAGCGAGUAUGAAGCAAUUGAGCGACAGGUGACCGAGCAGCACCACACCGAGAAAACAGACCAGUUACAAAAGAGCCUGGACAAGCUGCAGAAGUUCAAAGUUGAGUACGACGAGGCAGAAACUAUCUACAUGGACAUCAACACACGGCUCAAGAACGAAAUCGAGCAGUUUAUUGCGCUGCGGCUGUCACUGGUGGACCCUACCUUUGAGAGUUUCAUUAAAAUCCAACUCAAGCUGUAUAGCGACAUAUAUGCCAGGCUGGAGCAGAAGCAGCAGCAGCUGGACGCCAUGACUGUUGAGGAACAUGAGGAGGAGAAAAUUGACGCAAGGCUGGAGGAGAUACUGUCCCGUAUGAGAGCUCUAGAUAUUAAAAAUUUAUGA